AUGAGCUCUAUCGGAACUAUCUGGACCUACCCGUUCAACCCCCGCGCCAUGAAGGUUCAGGCCGUGGCGGCAGUGAACGGCUUGACGGUCCAAAUUGCCCCCGACUUCGCCAUGGGCAAGACGAACAAGACUCCCCAGUUCCUUGCCGACUUCCCAAUGGGCAGGGUUCCGACUUUCAAGUCCGCCACUGGCCUCGCCCUCUUCGAGUCUGACGCCAUCACCCAGUACAUCGCCGAGAGUGGCCCCGCAAGUGCCCAGCUGCUGGGUACCACUGUCGAGGAACGUGCCACCAUUCGGCAGUGGAUUGGCUUCGCCGACCACGAGCUGUUUGAACCCCUGACGACCCUCAUUCUCUGGCGGUAUGGAAUGGCCCCCUUCAACGAAGAGGCCGAGAAAGCCGCGUUGCUGCGUCUGGACGUAUCCCUUACCGUGCUGGAGAAGCAGCUGCAGGGGCGUCGGCACAUCGCUUCAGAGCAGCUGAGCCUGGCAGACAUCUCCGUUGCCGCAAGUUUGUAUUGGGGCUUUGCCCAAGUCCUGGACGUGGAGCUCAGGGCCAAGUUUAGCCAGACUGUGGAGUGGUACCUGCGAGUGAUUCAGGAUGAGCGAGUCAAGUCUGCCUUUGGCGAGAAGAACUUCAUUGAGGCCAGGAAGACUAGCCCCUCACAGUAA